AUGCAGUCUAAUCCUACAAAUUUCAAAGAGUUUUCAUCUUAUCUUCGCUCCUCCUCUCUCCAUCUGGAUAUCCUUUGCUUGCAAGAGGUAUCUCAUUUCCGCUCUCAAUCUACUCUCACUGAAUCUCAAGUCCGUUCCUUUUCUUUUGCUUUUCCUAAUUGUUCUCUCGUUGUGUCCAAGCACUGUGCUAUUAUAUGUCUCAAUUCUCGCUAUUCUUUGGUGGAUACGGAGGUAUUGUUGGAUGAACGUUGUCUUGUUGCAUCUGUCGUAGAUGCCUCAAGCAAUGUUUUGUGCAAAGUGGCCAACAUCUAUGGUCCAGCGCAGUCUUUUGACCGUCCUUCAUUUAUCUCUGAUUUUCUCUCUCUUUCUCUUUGGUCUGAUGUGUUCAACACACCUUGGAUGGUUAUGGGUGAUUUCAACAUUCACUUGCACUCUUUGCCUACUUCUCGUCAAGCCGAUGUCGCUCCUUUUGUUCACUGGUUGCGUACUCACUUUGUCAUUGUCAUCCGGAUGGUUUUAGCUACGUUUCCAAAGAGCAAUACUUGUAUUGAUUACAUCUUUUGGAAUUUGUUUGCGUUGUUGAAUGCCACGGUGUCAUUGUUCUUCUCUGGUGCUGUUGGUGGUGGGUCUAAGGGUGUCAAUACUAGUCAAGGUGGUAGUGGUGACCCUGAAAGCACGGUGGCUAGAUGGGAAUCCUUCAAGUUGUUACUAAAGUGCUGUGCACAAAAGUACACUAGAAGCAUGAAAGCACGAUUCAAGAACAAAGUUUUUACGCUUCAACUGGAACGUAUUAGGGCUCUGUCAACGUCUGUAUCAGGUGUUGAGACUAGGAAUGCUAUUGAUCAAACUGACAGAGUGUCUACUGCUACAGGUGAUGCUGAGCAGCAGGUCAGGCAACUAGAAGUUUUGAUUGAGAAUCAGAUACAGAAAGAGACUAGUCAGAAUAUGCUUCGCUCUGCCACUCGUUGGUGCGAGAGUCUUCAACAGACAAUUCAAUCCUUAAAGUGCUCUACUACUGGAGAUAUCUUGGUGGAAGCAGCAGCUAUCAACAGGGAGGCACAAGGUUUUUACCAAAGGCUAUAUACCCCUGAUGCUGUCGAUGCUGAAGCUAUCGAUACUCUCCUGGGGAAUGUUCCAACUGAUGUACGUCUAUCAUCUUUGGAUGGUGAUAUGCUAAUGGAACUUCCAACUCGCGAGGUUUUGUUGUCUCUGCUCACUCAUGCUCCCAAGUCUAAAAGUCCUGGUCUUGACGGUUUGCCUUUUGAAUUAUAUCAAUAUCUUGCUGGUGUUUCAACUGAUUUUCUUGACUUGCUUGUGGAUGUGUUGGGUGCAGCUUUUUCUGGUGUGUUUCCUCCUUCGUGGCAGCAAACUCGUAUGGUCUUAUUGUUCAAGAAGGGUGACCCUCAGUUGUUGGUUAACUGGAGACCUUUGUCCUUAAUUAACAGUGAUGCCAAGUUAUUUACAAAGCUCAUUGCUAAUCGUAUGAACAAAGUGUUGCCAAAGUUAAUCAACCCUUAUCAAACUGGUUUUCUCCCUCAUCGUCUGAUCUCUGACAAUGGCUGGUUAAAUCAGUUGUUGAUGUCUCACUUGCGUGUUGUUGCUCCUGAUUUACCUCAAGUGGCUGUUUUGUUGGAUCAAGAGAAGGCGUAUGAUCGGUUCAUCCCGAGUAUCUUUGUCGUGUGUUGCUCCGGUUUGGUUUCCCUGAUUUCAGUGUCUAUCAAUGGUUGGCUUGGUGCUCCUGUACCUCAGUUGCGAGGUCUUCGUCAAGGUGAUCCUCUCUCUCCAUUGCUAUUCAAUCUGGCAUUUGAGCCUUUGCUUCGUUCUCUUCUUGCUUGUCCUGGUCUCUCUGGUGUUACUCUGUCUCCUGUUGAUAUCCCACGUAAAUGGAAGCCUUCACCGGUUGAAGUUCGUGUGGAUCAUGGUACUGGUGCCCGGAAUUGGACUUUGGACUUUGUUAGUGGCUCUGUUGCUCCUCCUCCUGUCAAGAUUCUGAGCUAUGCGGAUGAUCUUGAGGUGUUUUUGUCUUCGCCAGAAGAGUGGUCUGUGUUGUUGUCUGUUCUUGAUCUGUAUGGCCGAGCAUCUAAUGCGAAAGUCAAUAUCAGCAAGACAGUGUUGGUGUCGUUGUCUGGUGUGUCUCACUCUGCUUGGGUUGCUUUGGCUGAUUCUACUGGUCUCCAGUGGCAUGACGCUCACUCUCGUGGUGCAGUACGUUACUUGGGUUAUCCCUUGUAUCAUACUGAAAGUCAACUUCAAGACUAUCUUGAUGGUGUCUUGGUGAAGGUCCAGCGACACAGUAACUUGUUGAAACAAAGGAAUCUCUCCAUUAGGGGAGCAGGACUAGUGGCUAACUCGUUACUGUUGUCAAAGGUAUAUCAUUUGUUGCGUGUUGUUCCUGGUGGUGGUGUAACUGCGUCGUGGUUGAAGUUGCUCACAAAGGUGGUUCGUGAGUAUCUGGUGUCUUUUCGCCCCGGUGUUGCCUGGUCUACUUUGUGUCUUCCUCGCAAAUUUGGUGGUGUUGGUCUCGUGGAUAUAGCAGAUCAAAGCUUAGCUUUGCAUCUUGUCUAUUUGCAACGUUUGUUGCGUCCACCCUCUCCCAGUGAUUUUGUCUCCUCUUGGUUGGUGUAUGCUUUUCAAGUUUACACUGGUCAUAAGUCCAUCUUGCCGUGGUUUUGUUUUCCUGGUCUUUACCAGUCUCGUGUGUCUUCUGUGCCUGCUCUAACACAUCUCGGAAAGCUUCUGUUGAGAUUGCCAAAGUUAGUUCCUUCCUCUGGUUGGUCUGCUAGGUGGUUUCUUGAUCUUCCCUUGUGUUCUGUACUCAGUACUGUGCCUUCUGUUCGUCCUCCUCGUGAUCCAUCAUCUCUUGAUCCUCGUUUCUUAGUGUCGGAUGUCUCUUUCUGGCAACCUGAUCUAGGUAUAGUUGAUGGUGUCACUUCCCAUCUUGCUUGGUCAUCUCGUGUUUUGCGCCCUGUUUUUCUUGCCUUGAACCGUGAUCGUGGUCCUGUCUCUCUGGUAUUCCCGCCUGUCAUGGAUAGUAAGAUAGUCUUGUCUCAAGCAGACUAUUUUACUAUGCCCCGUUCUGAUGGUGCUACCUCUUGGAUGCCAGAUUGUACUCAUUGGACUGUCUCCAACUCGUCUCGUUCUGCUGCUCCGGUUGCUCGUCUCUCUCUUGGUGCUUUGCGAAGGUAUUGGCACCCUGCAAAGGGUACCAUUACCUCUCGUAUGGGUCCUCCCUUGAAGUUGCCUGCCCAUUUGUUGAUAUCUCCUGCUUUGUGGCGUCUUUUCUGGUCCCUGGAAAUGCCUGCAAAGGCUUUCACACCUUGGUGGCGAUUGCUACAUGACCGUGUCCCGCACCGUUCGUGGUGCCAUAGGAUUAUGCCUACAAAAGUUCUGUCUCCUGCUUGUGCUCUUUGUGGUUUUGCUACAGAGGACCUUUACCAUUUCGUGGUGGGUUGCCAUAUCAAGUCAUUUUUCUGGCAGGAUGUAGUCUCUUUGUUGUCACUUCAAGAGCUACUCCCCUCUGCUUCUUCUAUUUGGUUGGCGCUGACUACCUUUUGUAGUGGUUCAGAUUUGUUGGUGAUCGAUGAGGAUGUUCUGAUUGCUCUUGGUGCUGCUUACAGUACACUUUGGAAGUAUCAUUGGCGAUGCGUCAUAGACGAGGAGCCUUGGAUAGCUUCUGCUGCUAUCAACAUGGUCCGUCAAGACCAUGGUACACUCUUUUCUUCUCUUUCUUUGGCAAGUGUUCAAGCUGGCACCUUGGCCUUGCCUAUAAUUACUGUAUAG